CCGACACCGUUAAAAAAUUCUAGAAACAAAUUAAAUUCCGUUGUUAUUUUAAAAUAUAACACUAAUCUCCUAAUCCAACUUCACUACUUAUUAAUCACUAACUACUAAUGAAUUACAUAGAUUAAUAUAAAAAUGAGGAAUGACUUAAUCAAAUAAACCUAACAAAAUAUGGCAGCGGCAAAGGAUACAAAUAGCCCCGACGGCGGCGGCGGUGGAGGGUGGCGCUUAUUGCCGGAGGAAUUACUCACCAAGGUUCUCAACAGGCUGCCCUUAACUCGCUGCCUCUUCCAAUUCCGCUGCGUCAGCAAAUCGUGGCACCGUCUCCUCUCCGACAUUCCCAAUUUCAUCAGCCGCCGCAUCCUCUUCAACGAAGAUGACGAGAACGCUCGAAUCAUGGUCGCCCGCAUCGCCGACAAGGAUGAUCCGUCUGUACGGUACACUGCCCUCUGCCCCGACACGCUCCGGCCCGUCUCGACUUAUUCCGGCGCCUCAUUCUCCUCUCCAACCAUCGCCGGCUGCCGGAACGGGGUAUUCUGCAUCCACGACAGUCCCGGCUUCCCCUGCCCCACCGAAACCCUAAUCGCGCUCUGGAAUCCCACCACUUCCGAAUCCAAAAGAGAAGAAAACAGAGGAGGGAGCAUCACUGCCUGGGUGUACAGCCUUAGGAAGAAUUCAUGGACGCAAGUCGAAACCCACGACGUCAAUCGCCCAAUCUAUGGCCUCUGUUCUGGGUUCCACCACUGGCAUAAUAGUAGCUCGAGAUCCGAGAAAAUCUAUAUCUGGCAGGAUAACAUCGGUGGCGAGGCAUUCAAACCUGCAGAUUACUAUGCUACUGUGGUUUCCUUUGACUUGAGCAAACAAGUGUUCGAGACGGUUUACCUGCGCUUGCCUCGUCCUACGUAUGUGGCUGGCAGUGGACAUUACAUUGUUCGUUCGAUGUCCAUGGUGGAAGAGUGUUUGAUCGUUGUUUUGUCUAUCAGCAAACGUCUUGAAGAGAAAGUGGACUACGAGGUGUGGAUGGUGUUGGAGCCAUGGCUUGAGCUUGAGCCUGGAUGCCAUCACUGGGUUAAGUUGUUGGUCGUUUCGGUUGAUCGUUUCAGUUGUCUUGGCAUUGCCGGAUUUUGGAAACAUGGGAAAUGCUUUGUGGUGGAUUGUGAUGGGAGGUUGUGCCUUCUUGAUAUGGAAACGGGUUGUAUCAUCGACCAACUGGAAGUUGAAGGAAAAGGGUUUAUUAAG